CCAGCACUUUAAUCCACAUAAUCUUGUGAUGCUUUUCUAAAUCCAUCCAAUCUGUUGCGGCUCUAUAAUUAACAGCCCCGCUCCGGCAAUCUGGGUCAGUAGAUCGAAGCCAGAGCGGCGCGUUGUGAGCGAAACUCACAAUUAGAAAUGGACGUCCGAGACCGGAGUCUGGAUUUGAACGGCGACACGAGUUCAAAGCAUCCCGCUUCCCGGACCGAAGGCGAGUCGGCGCCACAUCCCGGCGUGUGGGCCGAAGCGACUGGACUCGAGGGUUGCACUUCUCGGUGUUUUGCCAGGGAAGCGAGGAUGAGGCUGGAUUUUUUAAAGUUGGGAUCUCAUUGUCAAGUUUCCUCCCGGGCCAAGGGUGCGAAGACGCUCGGUGAUGAAAUUGACAAAGGAAAAGACCCCGGAACGCAAACUGUUCUAGACUUGGUGGAGCUUCUCGAAUUCGAGGAUGAGGCCGAGGAUGACGAGAGCUGGCUAUACGAGGCUCCGAAAAGGCAGAUGUCAGCGGACGAGUCGCCUCUGAGAUGGUGUCGACACGUCCUGGACAAUCCGAGUCCCGAGACCGAGGCCGCAUCGCGCUCCCUUAUGAAUAAACUACAGCAAAAACCAAGUCGUUCCUACCCAAGCGUCUUUUCCAGACAGCCUGCGGUGCAACAUCACGCUGACGGUGCCUCUGUGGAUCCUUAUAAUGGCCAAGCAUCUGCCAACACAACACAAGACACCGCUGACACUUUCGAUAAUAGUGAUCUGAGUACGCCCUGUGAGUCCAUAACUACCAGCUACAAAUUGCAGGACAUCACAGACGUUCACCUCAUGGCCCGGAUACAAGAGGACAGUUUACGACAGGACUACAUCUCCGUGCCCGCCUGUGUUUCAGAAAGACAAAGUCUGGAGCCACAAGUUAGACUUCGCCAGCAAGUCACCCAGUUCAAGUUGCUUAAAAGAGCUCAGAAUCGAGGUAGACAAAGCCUCUCCAUUGGUGGCCUUUCCUCACAUGUCAUACAUUUUCAUUAUUGGGCACCUUUGCUUCGUGAGUCGCAGAUGUUUUGGCAUAAUAACGUCUUCAUGCGUACGCUUGAUAUGACUUACCUAGCAGCCAGGACAGAGUCCCCCUUGCGGACCAGCCUUCGUUCCCUGCAGGCUCUGAGAAACAGCCGAAGUUUGGACACCGACGACUGCCUGCCGGCUCAUCGGACAUCGGACACAGAUCUUCCAUCAGCAUCCGCAAACUCCGUCGAGCGUCCGCAGCGGGCGAGAGGCUCGUCGGUGCAGAAGACGGUCACGAGGGACGUGCAGAGGUCUCAGUCGCUCGGCCCUCGCAGGGUUCCUCAGCGCGCCAAGAGAAUUCUGUGGAACGCGUGCGUUUAUGCCUCACCUGAGAGGUCGGCCGCCGCUUGGGGCGGCGAUUCGCCAACGACGCGAAGGUGAUCGCCCUCAGCGAAGUCAACGAGAUCAGGCUGACACAGAAGGGCGCACGCUUGCUUCGGAAUGGAUCUUUAAACGACAAACGUGAUCGUAUGCAUCAUUUGGUCUCCCUCGUUGACAGUCAAUGAGAAAUGUUAGGACAUUUCACAUCACAUCAGGAUCCUACUUUGAAGCCAUCUUCACGAUUGGAUCGCCGCACAUCCCGUUCACAAUGUGAUGUUUGGAACUUCUUUGCCAUCGUCAGGUUGAUUGGUUGACAAGGAGGGGAAAUGUGUUUUUCGACUGGAACCAAAACUACAAAAGCAUUUUUUGGCCUAUACAGCGCUGCCCACCUUGAAAUAGAUCUAAUAAGAUCUGGUAGGGCUUUUCAAAAAGUAAAACCACCAGCAAUGUUCAUUUGUGAGUGUGGAAAAAUAAGAAAGGAGCUAAAUAUGGAUAUACAUUUUUUUCAACUUUCUCAAAAACUGUGACAUAUGUAGUGUAUUUUCCCAAUUACCUACAUGGCCAUAAUGGCUAUAACGUCUGUUUAGUUUACGCUGAGACGUGUUUUUGUGUAAUGGACAAUUUAAGAGAUUUUUAAACUCAGCAAGUCCCACAAGGUGGGCGGGUUUCUCCAGUUUAACCCCCGCCACGGUCUUUUUUUGGUUUACUUUCCGGUUCGUUUGUUCAUGGAGCUGCUGAUUGGAUGAGAGCCGGAUGCUAAUUGCAACAACGUGCGUUGUUCAGCAUUCGUCCGCUUCAAUGAGUCCUUUUUAAAGCCGAGCUACCAUAACGCAAGCGGUGGCGUUAUGUAAGCAAUCCUUGAAGAUCUUGGCAUUUACUCUAUCUUGUAAUGAAGUCAAAGUUCUCUGCUCAUUGAACAGAAUUGUUUUUAUUCAUUCAUUUAUUUUAUUUUUUUACUAUUUACUGACCCGCAGACAAUUUAAGCCUCAGUCAAAACCGUUUGUUUCCAGUCCUGCCAUUAACAAACGUUGCU